AUGAGCGAAUUUGAUUCUAACUCGGGUUCAAGCAAUAAUCCUAAACAUAAACUAACCUCGGCAGGGAUCACAAUAUUAGGCGUGUCAGGCGCACUUGCUUUGGGUUUUUACGCUGUUGUCACGCCCUUUUUAACUCCAGCUUUAAGAAAAAUAUGUUUGCCUUUCGUACCGGCCACAAGUACACAGUUAAAGAAUGUAAAACAAGCUCUAAAAAACAGAAAUGGAUCGUUGCUUGACAUUGGAAGUGGAGACGGCAGAAUUGUGCUUCAAGCAGCCAAGCAGGGAUUUCAGGCUACUGGAGUUGAAAUAAAUUAUUGGCUUGUUCUAUUUUCUCGCUAUAAAGCAUAUCAAUUGAGAUUACAACAACAGGCUCGUUUCAUCAAGCAAGAUCUUUGGAAAACAGAUUUGGCAAAAUAUGACAACAUUGUGGUAUUUGGGGUUGAGCAAAUGAUGCAACCCUUAAAAGAAAAGCUGAGCCAUGAAAUGAAUCCAAAUAUGUGGGUGGUAGCUUGCCGAUUUCCUUUUCCCAGCUGGGAGCCUGCUCUUACCAUUGGCACUGGGAUAGACACUGUGUGGGUGUACAAGUCACUUCCAGGAACCAUGAACAAUGACAACGUACAAAAAACAGACAAGUUUUUUCGGGAUUGA